AGUUAUAGAGAACUUUUUGAAAAUAGGGCUCGUCGCUGCAAGUCAAUGCUUGAGCGAUGAUUAUAACAAACGCUUGCAAAAGUACCUAUAUGUCUUCAAAUUUGGAGAUUAUGCCGACGUUGAUGACAUCGAAAGAGAUAAAAUUUUUGGUACACGGAGAUUAUAGACCGAGCAAUUUGAUGCACAGGCGUCACAACGGAAAGCUGGAGAUCGUGCCUCUGGACUUCCAAACCAUUAGAACCGGGCACCAACUAUCCGACCUCUUGUAUUUCGUCUUCUCUGGUUCCGACGAAAAGUUUCAACGUCUGUACUACCAGCGAAUCAUGGAACAUUACUACGAGCAACUGGCUUUCGCGCUGAAGCAACUUCAAGUCGAUGUGGAGAACGUGUACCUAUCCUAG